AUGGCUACCGGAGUGAAAGACAUACAAUUCAAAGACCUGGAGGUCGAAGAAGUAGAAGUAACUUCCGCCGUUUUGAUGGGAGGUGCGCAUCAUCUUGGGCAGUACUGUGACAAGGACUUCAAGACCUUCAUGGGUUGCCGAUAUGGCCACAAAGACCCACGUAAGUGCUUGGACGAAGGAAAGCAAGCAACGAAAUGUGCCCUAGAUUACUUUAAGAAGCUCAAGGAGCAUUGCAACGACGUCUUCACCAAACAUUGGACUUGUCUUGACUACAAUAACCAGGAAUUUGGUUAUUGCCGGGCGACGCAGAAGAAAUUUGAUGCCUGCGUCUUGGAAAAGCUUGGAUUGGAAUGUACACAACCUGUUCAUCUUGAACUUUACGAUUGA